AUGCAUAACUUUUUUUUUAUUGUUAACAGAUUAACAUAUAAUGAGGAUCUAAUAAAAUGGUGCGACGUUGUCGUUCCAUGCGGCGGAGAUGGCACAUUCCUGCUAGCUGCUUCUAGAGUUAGAGAUAAUAGUAAACCAGUCAUAGGAUUCAACAGCUCUCCACAAAAGUCAGUCGGCCGUCUCUGCCUCCCGACGUGGUGCUCCAACGACGUGAAGGGUGCGUUAAACGCUUUGAAAGAGGGCAAGUUCACAUGGAUGCGUCGCUCAAGGAUACGAACGACGAUAACGUGCGAACCAAAGUUGUUAGACACCAUCACUCCCGUCGAUCUACACACGCUUUAUUUCUCUAGGUAUCCUCCAGUGACACAGCAACACGACAGUCCAGAAACGGGGCAGCCAUUACGAGAGCAAAAUUCGAAGCCGGUUUGUGAACCGCUGGCUACUAAAGUACUUCCUUUCUUAGCACUUAACGAGGUAUUCAUAGGCGAAAGCGUGACAUCGCGAGUAUCCUUGCUCCGUCUUCAAAUCGACAACGGCAAGUGGACGCAUACGAAGAGUUCAGGCCUCUGUGUUACUACGGGAACGGGGAGCACCUCGUGGCAUUUUAGUAUAAAUUGCUUGAGAACCCAUUCAGUAAUGGAGCUAAUGAAGAUCCUCUCCGAUGAGUUUGGAGUGAAGGUGGACACGAGAUUGGAGAAGGCACGUGAAGUUGCCGAGACUUUUUCUACAGAUUCCGAAUACCUGGCGUACUCAGUCCGUGAGUACAUUACGUUCGAAGAAUGGCCUGCGCCCAGAGGACUACGGGUUCGGGACAGAGCCACCUCUGUGAAGGUCAAAUCGCACUGCGUAGACGCAGGUCUCGUAAUAGAUGGUAGCGUCUCAUUUCCAUUCAACGACGGUACAGAAGCAUUACUAGAGAUCCACCCCGAAGAUACUCUUAUGACAGUUCACAUGGAUGACGCGUUACAUCACUGAAGAUAUUGAAAGUUACUAGUAGGAACAAGUGAAAUUUAUUUGGUACAUUAGGGAAUAAACCUGCAGCUUUCCAAGACUUAUUUCUAUUGUGUCUUUUCAGAAUAUCUGAAUUAGUUAUACUACUAAAUACAAUUCCAACUGCUUCAUACAACAGUGGCUUAAUUAAAAACACCUAAUUUAUCAUGAAGAUGUUUUAAACAAGAGUAAAUCGUAUUUGGCGUGGAAAGCCGAUAAAUCCUAUAUUAGUCCAAUGUUGUCUUGUGAUUAUUUUAACUAAUGGAAAGCUCGGGGGUUUUUUUAUCGCUUUGGCAAUAAAAUUUAGCACAUAGCAACAAUAACAAACAAUUAUAGCUGUGUAAUAAGUACGAAAACAACUGCUUUGGUACAGGCCGCUAUUCUUGAGAAGCGGCGAAUUGUAAUAAAGCUUGUGUCUUCGUCAUGUUAAAGAAAGUACGUUGAAAGGCGAGCAGGCAGUUGCGGAACUACAAUAUGACGUUAGGUUUGACUGCGGAGUGUUGUUUACUCCGCGAACUAUAGUGAAAAUUUUAACAGUAUCAUUUAUAUCUAUUAUGAAAAUAAUUUUGACUCAUUAAAAACUCACGGGUUAAGUCAAACUGAAAAUAACUUCACAAUGUCGUAAACACAAACGGCUGUUUGACAAACAUCCGUGUGUCUUUUGACUCGAUUGACACUAGUAAGACCAAGUGAAAUAAAAAAGCCCUAUAGCGAACAAAGCGGAAUUCGUUCCUUCCAGUUGUUGUUGGUCUUACACAAUCAGUUGUUUGACAAGCAACCGUGUGACUAGUCCUGAUUGACAAUAGUAGGAUCAAGUGAAAUAAAUAACACAGUAAGAAAUAAAGCAGAAUUACUAAAAACACGUUACAUCGAAUUUUUGUUGGUCUUACACAAUCGUUUGUUUCACAAGCAUCAGUUUGUGUUUUGCAUCAAUUGACACUAGUAGGACCAAGUGAAAUAAAUAAGGCACGGUAGGGAAUAAAGCAGAAUUCUUAAUAAUACGUUAAGUCGAGUUUUUUUUGGUCGUGAAUGUAACUAUAGAAUCGACUUAAUGGGACUAUGUAUGGUCAAUUAUUAUCGUAGUUAUAUUCGACUUACAGAAAUAUCGUAUAUUGUAAUGUCAACUACAGGUAAAUAUGUACAAAUUACUUUAGUAAACUGCAAAUUUCAACGUUAUGUGAAAUGACAUAAUGUAUAAUUUUGACACAUUAUAUAUACUUCGGUGCGGCU